AUGAGGUCAGACCCGAACACCAGAAAGUCAGACGCCCUUUGUGAGUUCCAUCAGGAACACAGGCACAAAACAGAAGAUUGUGUCGCCCUCAGACAGGAAGUCAUAAAAAUGUUACGGCAAGGGCACCUCAAAGAACUAUUAAGCAACAAUGGUAGGACCAACUUCGCCAGAGGACGCGGACAUCAUGGCCCGCCAAAGCCGCCAUCACCAGCUCGUACCAUCAACAUGAUCAUUGGCGGCGGCAAUGACUCUUCUAUCAACAGCGUAAAGUUUACCACAACCCACAAACUCAAGCGGCCGAUCACCUGCGAACGGUAUGGUGGACACGGAGAGAGUAUCAUCUUCGACGAGUCAGAUGUCGACGGUUUCACUUUUCCUCAGAAAGAUGCCCUGUUUAUUACUUUACGAAUUUUAGAUACCGAUGUCAAACGCAUCACGAUAGACGAUGGAAGCAGUGCAUGCAUUAUCCAUCCCUGA